AUGCUUUUGUUUACCGCCGAACCGUUUGUUUCGCAAAAAAGGAAAAAAGGGUGCAACAGUGCAAGAAAAGACUCGAGUUGUGUAAUGUUGCGAUUAAUACGAAUAUGCAGUACAGCAGCAUCGAUAGCACCGAAAUGGCCCCAACCAGCCAGUUUCCUCCUUCGGUACAGUACAUUUUCCCCGCGGGAGUUCCACUACGAAACAUCGGACGGUGAAAAUGGUACACUGAUGCAUCGCUUCUCCCGGCACGUGUCCCACACGAAGCGUGAUUUUACCGACACAACCAAGUGCAGCUUAAAGGUGUCCAAUUUCUACCCGCUACCGGAUGUGGGCACCUACGGGCAGCAGAUACGCGAUCUGGCAACCGUCGACCUGGCCAAGCUGAUCGCCUUUACGACCGAUUUCCGCAGCAAAACGGAUGUACGAUCGUACACGGAAGUCGUGAACGCACUGGACGAGGAGUGUGUGCGCCGGGUCCCGAGGGCAACGACGGGUGAACUGUUGGAAAUGUUGCACUGCUUCAUGUACCUGCUGCCGAACAAAAUCGCCCAGCUAAAGUCGUACCAGGCGGCCCUGCCGAAGCUGAUCGAGCUGUUCGACGGUGCGGAAAACGAGCGAGACUUUCUGUCGAUCGUUUUCUUCCUCGGCAUGUGGAAGCGCAACAAAACGGGGGCGAUGCUGAUGAAAGAAUUUCUGCAGCAACAUCUGCCCCGCUACCUCACACCGGACAUGAGCCGGAUGGAUUUCGUCAUACUGGCGAAUGCAACGUACAAAACGAGUCUUCGAAUGGUGGACGAAUCGGAUGCGUUUAAGAGCCGGCUAGUGAAGGAGAUUGUUGAAUUCGGGAAUGAAGACGAUUCGGCACUGCUGGUGACGCUGAUAAAAUGUGCCCGUAUGAAUCGGCUCGCCUCCGGGGAGAUAGUGGAGAAGGUGCACUCAUUCACGGAGUCCAACAUCGACAGCAAGGAGCUAGAUUUCCGUGGCCUUGCGCAUUUGUUCGCCUACAUAGCGGACAAUCGGAUAAAGGACGACACUCUGGCGGGCCUGUUCGUGGAAGGAUGCUGGAGCCGAUUCGAUGCGGAGGUGAAGAAGAACGGAUUCGAAACACAGUCACAAUCCUGCCGGCCCAAGGAUAUCGCAACGUUUCUGUGGAGCUGUGCCACACUCGGUGUGCCGAUCGAAUCAUACCCCGAAGUGAAAAUGAACCUACUCGAAAAGGCAAUACGGCUCAAGGUGGAAGCCGGCGAGUAUCGGUACAGCUCCGAUUUGCUUGUCGAUACGAUUCUUUCGCUGUGGAUUUGUGACCGCAAAUCGAUCGCCCUCUUUCGGUUGCUGUUCAAAGAUAAAGCGCUGGUGCAGAACCUUCGGAAAGAGCGUGCCAAGCUGGAAUCACGCAAGGAUUUGCUGCUUACCUGUGCGGAAAUCGAUUUGCCCGAUGCGUGGGACAUGAUUAAGUCGGUACGCAAGCCUUCGGCCGAUGCAUUUGCGCUGGAUCGUGCGGCGCCCGAGUUUCUGGUACGGCCUGGGCUGAAGAAAGUGGCCGAAUGUUUGCACCGGUUAAAGGAAACGAAACAAAUUCCGAUCGUGGCGAUACAUUUCAAUGCACCAGUGAAGCAUUUAAACAUAGCGGGGAUUCUGGUAAAGUUGGCUGGUGGCGAGAUGAAAAAUGUGGACGUUCUUGAUGAGCGGCACUGUCUGAGCGAUCGGGAAUCGCCCGUGGGGCUCAUGAAGCUGAAAGCACGAAUACUAGAAGAUAAGGGCAUCGCCGGAGGAAUAGUUAAUAUCUGCAGGCACGAGACGGCAGAAGCGUUGGAGGAGGAACUUAGACGGAUAUUGCUAGAGCCAAAGGAACAAAGAUGAGUGAAUUUAGUGCUAACUAGUAGAUCAAUAAAACGCCCAAAGGAUCCUGGAGCAGUUCCCGGGUCAACUUA